CGACCAGCCGGGAACCGGCGAGGACAUCUGGCUAGGAUUCGGCCAUCUCAAUGUUUGCGCAAUCAACGUCCACCACCAUCAUCUUCUUCAUCAUCAUCGUUGUGUCCAUCCUUCGAUCAGUGUGCCAGCAUAGGCGAAGCAAGGGAAGGACGGGAGAUCACUGCAUGCCGUCAGCAAAGUCCGUGUCCAUGGACAUAACAUGUCAUGUUAAUGCUCCGAUGCAACUUGGACAAAGCAUUUCCUUCCCUUUCCCUUCGAUGAAUCUACGGAGAACCGGGCAGAGCGGAGCGGACACAUGGAUCAACGCCAUGAUUUGAUGUAAAUCAGGACGGGAAACUCAAACCCCCCGCAUAUUGCGCCUUUCGCUACCACUAUCCUUCUGUCGGUUGGGGGUUUCAUCACGGGGAGCAUUCCACCAACUCGCAUUUCUGCCAGUGAUCUAGUUGGCAAGUGAAGCGAC